AUGCCUAGAGGCAAUAAGAGCAAGAGCCGCUCCAGGGCCAAAAGGCAGCAGAUGAGGGGAGAAAAGCCUAAUCUCAAGGGUGCUCAGCCCACUGUGGAGGAGGAGGGGAAAGCAGCAUCUCCUGCUCUUGUCCAAGGAGAUGCCCCGAGGUCCUCUGAUAGAGGCACUCCUCAGGAGUCCCAGGAGGCUGCAUCCCAUAGCUCUCCUGAGUUAAAUGUGUUCCAUCCAGUCCAUGAUGUUGGUGCUGAGGGUUCCUUUGCAGGUGUGGAUGAGAGACGUACAAAUGUCUCCAUUAUAGCAGAUGCCAUCCAAUCUGCACACAGCGAUCCUCUGACAAGGAAGGCCAGCAAGGUACUUCACUACCUGCUACAGAAGUACCAGAAGGAUGAGCAACCUGUAGAGGCAGAGAUGCUGAAGCUAAUCGGCAGGAAGUACAAGGUUCACUUCCCCUGGAUCCUGGAGAAAGCCACCUAUCAGCUAGAACUCGUCUAUGGUCUGGAGUUGAAGGCUGAUGACCCUGCCACUCACUCCUAUGUCCUUGUUAGCAAGUUACCCAUCCUCCCUGGGACAAAUGUGGGUGGCAGGAGAGAAUUGCCUAAGACAGGUCUCAUCCUGACCCUCCUGGGUAUGAUCUUCAUGAAGGGCAACCGUGCCACUGAGGAAGAAGUCUGGCAGUUCCUCCACAUGCAGGGGAUAUAUCCUGGGAGGAGGCAC